GGUUUUGAAAUUUCUGUCGAAAAAGAUACUGCCGAAAACGAGCCGCCACGGAAGUGAGCGUGGCAAUCCACGUGGAUAAAUUGUGACCACUUUAAGAAAAUGAUAAAAUUGUUUGCCCAAUCUCGGAAUUUCUUAUUCGAGGCCUGGAAUUCUCCGUUUCUUUCUCUUCAAGGUUGCUUAGUUUCGGGAUUUUGGAUAAGUGUUUCCCUUUAUUAAUAUCCAUUUCAAGUUUAAAGCUUGUCUGUUACUGGAUUACAGUAUGAUCUUAUGCAACUAGUGACGCCCUGUAAACGAUUGAUUUCACCCCGACGAUGUCUCUUUCUGGUUCUUUGUAUUUGUCCUAUGAUUUGGGACUUUGCAGGAACCGGGGCUACCAUAAAAAGUUCAAGGGUGUAAGGCACAAGUUGUAUUUACUGGGUGACACCCUCUCAUCUCGUGCUUCGUUCCAGCAACAGGAUUUUUGGAGAAUUCGCCUCUCAAACAGUUUGUACAGGCCAAUACAUUCAGUUCCAUACAGAUACAAUGCCUUUAGGUGUCAUUCUUUUCAAUUACCAGGAAAAGUAUUUGAACUUCCUGGGGUAAAAGCUGCCUCUAUUGCAUUGACAAGGUCAUAUAAUAUUUUACGAGAUAGUCCUCUUGUAUUUAAGUUGGCUCCUGCAAUUAGCAUUAUUAUUUUUGCCCUAUGUGGUAUUGGACCACUUCUGCGAUACAGUAGAAGCUUACUUCUUAGUAAGGGUGAUAGUAGCUGGAAGAAGAGCAGAACACAUUCAAUUACAAUGUCUUAUAUUCAACCUUUGCUGCUGUGGACUGGAGCAAUACUCAUAUGCAGAGCACUGGAUCCAUUGGUUCUCCCUACAGAAGCCAGCCAAUCGAUUAAGCAACGGCUUUUAAAUUUCGUACAAUCAUUGUCAACUGUGGUGGCCUUUUCCUAUUGCUUAUCGAGCAUGAUUCAGCAAAUGCAAAAAUUCUUGAUGGAGACGGGUGAGAUCAGCGAUACGAGAAAUAUGAGUUUCCAGUUUGCAGGGAAAGCUUUAUACUCUGCAGUUUGGGUCGCUGCUGGGUCAUUGUUCAUGGAGUUGCUGGGUUUCUCUACUCAAAGGUGGCUAACUGCUGGAGGUCUGGGGACAGUUUUGCUGACUCUUGCUGGCCGUGAGAUAUUCACAAAUUUUCUCUCAAGUGCAAUGAUUCAUGCAACACGACCAUUUGUCUUGAAUGAAUGGAUUCAAGCAAAGAUCGAGGGGUAUGAAGUUUCCGGUACUGUUGAGCAUGUUGGUUGGUGGUCGCCAACAAUAAUAAGAGGGGAAGAUCGUGAAGCAGUUCACAUUCCAAACCACAAAUUCACGGUAAAUAUUGUGAGAAAUCUUAGUCAAAAAACUCAUUGGCGCAUUAAAACUCACCUGGCCAUCAGUCACUUGGAUGUCCAUAAGAUUAAUAAUAUAGUUGCAGACAUGCGCAAGGUCUUGGCUAAGAAUCCUCAGGUUGAGCAGCAGAGAUUGCAUAGAAGAGUAUUUCUGGAAAAUAUCAACCCUGAAAAUCAGGCCCUUUUGAUACUGGUGUCCUGUUUUGUAAAGACCUCUCACCUUGAAGAGUACCUAUGUGUAAAGGAAGCUAUACUUUUAGAUCUCCUUAGAGUGAUCAGCCAUCAUCGUGCCCGGCUUGCAACACCAAUUCGCACUGUGCAGAAAAGAAUUAAUGAUUCCGACUUGGACAAUGUACCAUUUGCAGACUCAAUCUAUAACCAUGGUGGAGUGACACCUAACAGGCCUCUGUUAGUAAUUGAACCUUCUUACAAGAUCAGUGGUGAGGAUAGAAUAAAAGGCAGGUCCUCGCAACCAGCUGGAGAACAAGACAGUAAAACCACAGUGCGGCCUUCUGCAGACAAGGCUGGAACAACACCAAAGCCCAACUCCAAAUCCAAAGGAGCACAGUUAACUGAACUCAAAGCAGAUGCUAAGGUUGUAGAAAGUCCAAAUUCUGAAGCCAAAGAGUCUAAUGCUUCCCUCAAAUCAACAUCACUUCCCAAGACCGCUGAUGAAGUUAAACAACCAUCAAAAUCUGCCCCGAAGACAAUUUCUAAUGCUGGAGAAACAUCUAGUCCUGACCAAGAGGUGCCGGAUUCAAUCUCCAAUAAUGUGCCCCAAAACAAAAGAGUUACAGACGAUCAACAGAAACUUGCUAGGCAAGACAGCAAGUUAGAUAAUCCUUCUGUAUCCUCAACAGAAAGUGGUGAGAAGCAUCCAGUGUCUAAGCCACCGAUAGCUAGACCUGCCUUGGAGGAAAACAUAGUUCUUGGUGUUGCAUUAGAGGGCUCAAAGAGAACACUGCCUAUCGAGGAAGAAAUGACUCCGCACACAACAGAUGCAAAAGAGGUGGCAUCGGCAAGCCGAAAUGGAAAUGGAUCAACUGCUGAGGAUAAGAAAGAUAGUCAGAUCCGACCCAAAUCUAGUAACUCUGAUGAUCAUUGAUAUAUUGAUAGCUAACUACCAAUCCCCGAAGCUCAUGACUUGCAUUGUUUGACACUUCCUGACACCUACAAUGAAGUUGUAUUUCAUCAAGCUUCUCCCAUACAUGUGUAUCCUCCCAAUUGCUACUACGUUUUUAUUCUUAAAAUGUAGC